AUGGAGCCUCCACUGCCUGAACUGGAUAAACCCCCUCCAGAUCCUGAGCCUUUCCCACCUCCAGAAAUGGAACCCCCACCACCAGAGCUGGACCCCCACCCUCCAGAGCUGCUGCUGCCCUUGGACAUGGAGCCUCCACUGCCUGAGCUUCCUCCUCCUCCAGAUCCUGAGCCUUUCCCACCUCCAGAAAUGGAACCCCCACCACCAGAGCUGGACCCCCACCCUCCAGAGCUGCUGCUGCCCUUGGACAUGGAGCCUCCACUGCCUGAGCUUCCUCCUCCUCCAGAUCCUGAGCCUUUCCCACCUCCAGAAAUGGAACCCCCACCACCAGAGCUGGACCCCCACCCUCCAGAGCUGCUGCUGCCCUUGGACAUGGAGCCUCCACUGCCUGAGCUUCCUCCUCCUCCAGAUCCUGAGCCUUUCCCACCUCCAGAAAUGGAACCCCCACCACCAGAGCUGGACCCCCACCCUCCAGAGCUGCUGCUGCCCUUGGACAUGGAGCCUCCACUGCCUGAGCUUCCUCCUCCUCCAGAUCCUGAGCCUUUCCCACCUCCAGAAAUGGAACCCCCACCACCAGAGCUGGACCCCCACCCUCCAGAGCUGCUGCUGCCCUUGGACAUGGAGCCUCCACUGCCUGAGCUUCCUCCUCCUCCAGAUCCUGAGCCUUUCCCACCUCCAGAAAUGGAACCCCCACCACCAGAGCUGGACCCCCACCCUCCAGAGCUGCUGCUGCCCUUGGACAUGGAGCCUCCACUGCCUGAGCUUCCUCCUCCUCCAGAUCCUGAGCCUUUCCCACCUCCAGAAAUGGAACCCCCACCACCAGAGCUGGACCCCCACCCUCCAGAGCUGCUGCUGCCCUUGGACAUGGAGCCUCCACUGCCUGAGCUUCCUCCUCCUCCAGAUCCUGAGCCUUUCCCACCUCCAGAAAUGGAACCCCCACCACCAGAGCUGGACCCCCACCCUCCAGAGCUGCUGCUGCCCUUGGACAUGGAGCCUCCACUGCCUGAGCUUCCUCCUCCUCCAGAUCCUGAGCCUUUCCCACCUCCAGAAAUGGAACCCCCACCACCAGAGCUGGACCCCCACCCUCCAGAGCUGCUGCUGCCCUUGGACAUGGAGCCUCCACUGCCUGAGCUUCCUCCUCCUCCAGAUCCUGAGCCUUUCCCACCUCCAGAAAUGGAACCCCCACCACCAGAGCUGGACCCCCACCCUCCAGAGCUGCUGCUGCCCUUGGACAUGGAGCCUCCACUGCCUGAGCUUCCUCCUCCUCCAGAUCCUGAGCCUUUCCCACCUCCAGAAAUGGAACCCCCACCACCAGAGCUGGACCCCCACCCUCCAGAGCUGCUGCUGCCCUUGGACAUGGAGCCUCCACUGCCUGAGCUUCCUCCUCCUCCAGAUCCUGAGCCUUUCCCACCUCCAGAAAUGGAACCCCCACCACCAGAGCUGGACCCCCACCCUCCAGAGCUGCUGCUGCCCUUGGACAUGGAGCCUCCACUGCCUGAGCUUCCUCCUCCUCCAGAUCCUGAGCCUUUCCCACCUCCAGAAAUGGAACCCCCACCACCAGAGCUGGACCCCCACCCUCCAGAGCUGCUGCUGCCCUUGGACAUGGAGCCUCCACUGCCUGAGCUUCCUCCUCCUCCAGAUCCUGAGCCUUUCCCACCUCCAGAAAUGGAACCCCCACCACCAGAGCUGGACCCCCACCCUCCAGAGCUGCUGCUGCCCUUGGACAUGGAGCCUCCACUGCCUGAGCUUCCUCCUCCUCCAGAUCCUGAGCCUUUCCCACCUCCAGAAAUGGAACCCCCACCACCAGAGCUGGACCCCCACCCUCCAGAGCUGCUGCUGCCCUUGGACAUGGAGCCUCCACUGCCUGAGCUUCCUCCUCCUCCAGAUCCUGAGCCUUUCCCCCCUCCAGAGAUGGAACCACCCCCACCUAAGCUGGAUCCACCCCCUCCAGAGCUUCCACCUUUUCCCCCUCCAGUGACUGGCCCUUUCGUUCUGCUCCCACUGGUACCAUCAGAACUCAUUCUCCCCUUCACACUCUUUAUGCCUCCAAAAACUCCAGAAACUCUGGCAUUGUGGUCAAUGACACCUGGAAGAAAUGGAAAUUACAUUCAAUUUAUCCUUUUUACCUCAGAAAACUCUUAG